CGAGACUCAUUCGAACUGUUGAGAGAGCGAGCUCAAAGAGGAUAUCGCAAAGCACGUCUUGACGUGCACAUGACGCGUCUAGAAGUUUAGCUCACACCGCGUUGUUCUUGGGCGGCUGGCUCCUUGGCCUGACCGAGAGCACCGAGAGCACCUCAUGUCCUCUACUGCUGCUCAAUUGUCACCAGACUUGUUUUUGUCUACGGGCAGCAUGCUCACCUAGGUCAAGCCCCUCUUGACCAUUUUGAUGCUUCCGCUGCCGACAGUCAUACAUGUGGUUGUCUCUUCAAGAUGGCCAGAUACGUUGUUGACCCCGCCCAAACCAAUGUGCUGCCCCGGGACGCUCACCUCAGUAGCAGGUGCACACCUUUCCGGCCGCGGUAUCGGAGACGAAGAUCUAGCCUGAUUGGAUGCCCGGCUUGCCUUCGCGAGCUUGCGUUCGAUAGGUAGCGUUCAUGGAACCGUACUACAUAGCGCACAUGAAUCGAGGAACAGAUAAAAGGUGCGUCGUCUGAGGCUUCACUUCGUCGGCCCCCCUGCUUCCACUGGUCGUCAUUGGCACAAUGAUUGCUCCUCGCCUCCACCCUCUUAUCGGCUUAGCCACCUCUCUUCUGUCUUUCGCGGCCCAACGCGCCUUCGCGUUCAGUCCCACGAGUAAUGAGAACGUACGUGUCCGUGUUCUCUACUGGGGCCAGAACUCCUACGGUGCGACCCACACCAGCGACACGGCUAACUGGCAACAGCCCGUCGACUUUUACUGCCAGGAUGACUCCAUUGACGCGUUUCCCAUCGCAUUCUUGAACGUCUUCUUUGGAGCUGGUGGGCUGCCCUCCAUCGACCUGGCCAACACUUGCAACAUCAACGAUGACGCAGUGUUCAGCGGCACCCAGCUGCCAAACUGCCAGUUCCUGGCCUCUGCCAUCGAGACUUGCCAGUCUAAGGGCAAGAUCGUCACCAUCUCCCUCGGUGGUGCGACUGGUGCAGCCGGCUUCACAUCCGAUGCUCAGGCGACGCAAUUCGCCAACACCAUCUGGAACGUCUUCUUGGGUGGUUCCAGCUCUACUCGUCCUUUCGGUGGCGCAGUUCUUGACGGUGUCGACUUGGAUAUCGAAGGUGGCUCUACAGAAUACUUCACGACUUUCGUUUCUGCGCUCCGCUCCCUCAUGGAUGGCGGCAGCAAGCCAUACUACAUCACGGGAGCCCCCCAGUGUCCCUUCCCGGAUGCUUACCUCGGAAGUGUCAUCAAUGCAGUCGGCUUCGACGCUGUCUAUGUCCAGUUCUACAACAACUACUGCGGUCUCAACAACUACAACGAUGCUAACGACUGGAACUUCGCCACCUGGGACAACUGGGCGAAGACCACCUCUCCGAACAAGAACGUCAAGGUCUACAUCGGUGCCCCAGCUUCUUCGACUGCUGCAGGAAGUGGAUAUGUGGAUAUCGACACCUUGACGACCAUUCUCCAACAGACCAAGGCGCAAUACUCUUCCUUCGGUGGUGUGAUGUUGUGGGAUGCUAGCCAGGCCUAUGCCAAUGGCCGCUUCGAUGCUGCUUGCAAGUCUGCGCUUACCGGUGGAUCGAGUGCGCCGCCGCCGCCGCCACCCUCCACCACAACCUCGACUGCCCCCACGACCACUACCAGUGCGCCGCCACCUCCGGCCUCUGGCGGUAGCUGCGCAGGUGUCAAUACUUGGGUCAGCAACGUCGCUUACAACGGUGGCGACCAGGUCGUCUACAGCGGCGACCUCUGGACUGCCAAGUGGUGGAGCUACGGAGAUGUACCCGGAGGCACUGCUGGUGACUGGACGAAUGACGGCGCUUGCACCUCGAACAACCUCAAAGCUGGUCAAUACAUCGCCUACCACUACGAGCAGAAGUCCGUCCCAACCAAGGUACCUGUCGAAACCCCCUCGAGCGUCCCAAAGACGAAGAACUCGCGGGUCUACAGUUUCUGAACGAAUACAAUCGUAUACCAAGAUGCACUUUGGAAUGACUGAUUUCGAGAUUACUUAGAGGUCUUGUACUUCGAAAUUUGGAUGCAUAGUUGUAACAUUAUUAUUUAAUGAAGACCCUUGUACAGCAAAGCGCAAGUCAUGUCUGAGACGUUAUGAAGUGACACGACUGUCAUCUCGGGUAAGUCGCGAUGGUGAUAACGAUGGUUGCGCUGUGUGCAGAUUGCAAGUCGCCCUCAUGUCAGCCGCGGGAACGGGAAGGGGGUCGCUUACUUACCCUCAAGCUAUAUAUCGCAGCAUACGGGCUGAUAUGCGCCAUCCUUCGUACCGACAGGCUCGCAGCUCACGCCAAUCAAGUGCUGCGGGUCACCAUCAGAUACUCCAGAGAGCACUAGUAGAGGUAGGAAGCCACGGCCAGCUUCCUGGUUUACUUGAAGGGCCUGC